UUUUUUUGCUUGUAAGCAUACCUUUACUUGAACACAGAAAAUGGUUGCUGUGUUCAACAAGGAACUUUUAAGCUGGUACCUUAUUACUCUUAAACUCAAAGAAACUGUAGAUGCCAGAAUACCGAGUUGUAGCCGUUCAGUCGAAUCUCUAGGCGUAGAAACUCGACAGCCAUCCAAUGAACUUCAGAUAGAGAUCAAUGGAGAUUUUGACAACUCAAAAGAAGGUCCGAAAUCACCAGAAUCUGAAUGGAUGAUCACAGUAAGAGAAAAGCUCGAUCUUGCCCAAAAAGACGAUGUGGGGGGAACAUGGGGUAAAAUAUGCAUCUAUAGAGUUCCUCAGUAUUUACGCGAUGGCGAAGAUAAAGCUUAUAUCCCAAAUAUCGUUUCUUUAGGUCCUUACCAUCAUGGGAAAAAACGCCUUCGACCCAUGGAGCGUCAUAAAUGGCGUGCAUUUUAUCAAAUUCUUAAACGUGGUAAUCAAGAUGCUAAAUUAUAUCUUGAUUCUAUUAAAGAACUUGAAGAAAGGGCAAGGGAUUGCUAUGAAGGGCAGAUUACUAUUAGCAGUAACGACUUUGUAGAAAUGAUGGUUCUUGAUGGGUGUUUUGUUCUUGAGCUUUUUCGUGGGGCGGCUGAGGGGUUUAUAAAGCUCGGUUAUGCUCGAUGUGAUCCUGUGUUUGCAAUGAGGGGAUCAAUGCACUCAAUUCAAAGAGAUAUGAUAAUGCUGGAGAAUCAGAUUCCUAUGUUCAUACUUGACACGUUAUUAGGCCUGCAGUUUGGUCAGCCUGACCAAACUGGAGGCCUAGUUGCAAGACUUGCUUUGCAUUUCUUUGACCCAUUAAUGCCAACAGAUGAACCGUUGACAAAAAGUGACCGGAACAAAAUGGUAUCAUCACUUGGGUUCACAAACACGUUUGACCCGUUGUCUGACCAAUCUUAUCUUCACUGCCUUCAUGUUUUUAGGCAGAGCCUAUUAAGGAGAGGGCCACAGAUGGAACCAAGAAAAUGGAUCAAGAGAUGGUCACACAGUAGUCGGGUUGCUGAUAAACGUAGGACACAGCUUAUACACUGUGUAACCGAGCUCAAAGAAGCAGGAAUCAAAUUCAAGAAAAGAAAAACAGAUCGUUUUUGGGAUAUCAAGUUCAAAGACGGAGUUCUAAAGAUACCCCGGUUGUUAAUCCAUGAUGGAACCAAAUCUCUUUUUCUUAACCUAAUAGCUUUUGAGCAGUCACAUUUAGAUUGUGGGAACGAAAUUACAUCGUAUGUGAUCUUCAUGGACAAUUUGAUAAACUCACAGGAGGAUGUAGGGUACCUCCAUUACUGUGGGAUCAUCGAGCACUGGUUAGGGAGUGAUGCUGAUGUGGCUGAUCUGUUUAAUCGGUUGUGUCAAGAAGUCGUUUUUGACAUCAACAACAGUUAUCUUUCAGAGUUGUCAGAAAAGGUAAAUCGGUUUUAUAACCACAAGUGGAACUCAUGGCGGGCGAGCUUAAUGCAUAACUAUUUUAGCAAUCCUUGGGCCAUUAUUUCGUUUUUCGCAGCUGUCAUUCUGCUAAUCCUCACCGCUGGACAGACGUUUUAUGGUAUUUAUGGGUAUUACAAUCCACCUUGAUGAUGUUCUUGGGUGUAAUAUAGAAACUUCUAUUAUUUGUUGUUUGGAGUUGAUACAUAAUUGGGAGAUAAUCUCCAUUGGAUUUACACAAGGGUGUCAAGUUUCUGUGUGUUUGGGACCACAAUAAAAUUGUAAUGUUUAAAGAAUAGCAUACUUGAAAUACAAUUCUUGCAUAACAGUAUGACUUGGGAGUAUAUAAUGAAAUAUUUGUUGUUUGGAAAA